AAGUGAUAUUGUCUAAAAAAAUUUAAUAGUGUUGUAAUAAUAAAUGCUGGCGAUUGAAGUAGAAGGAGAAAAUCAAUACAAAAAGCAAACGACAGCAACAACAAUAGCUAUACUAAAAGCAAAUGUAUAGUUAAAAAAGAGGAACAGGGACAAAAAUUAACAAACAGAAGAACGCUAUAAAAAUUGCAAAUUUUUUAUUUAUCGAAAAAGUGUAUAAAAUAGCAGAGACAAGUGCAAUCGCAAAAUCAGUGAUAGAAAUUUGUCAAUGGAAAUAUGGACAACGAACAGCCUCAUCAGGAACUAGUUAAAUGUGUACUUGUGGGUGAUACAGCUGUUGGAAAGACACGUUUGAUUUGUGCAAGAGCAUGUAAUAAACACGUUUCUCUUUCGCAAUUAUUAUCUACACAUGUUCCCACAGUAUGGGCUAUAGAUCAGUAUCGAAUCUAUAAGGAUGUGCUUGAGCGUUCUUGGGAAGUAGUUGAUGGGGUAAAUGUAUCAUUACGUCUCUGGGACACAUUUGGAGAUCACGACAAAGACAGACGAUUCGCUUAUGGUCGUUCCGAUGUAGUUCUGUUAUGUUUCUCAAUAGCUAGUCCAAUUUCUUUAAGGAAUUGUAAAGCAAUGUGGUAUCCAGAGAUAAGACGAUUUUGCCCUGAUGUCCCGGUAAUACUCGUAGGAUGUAAAAAUGAUUUACGUUACAUGUACCGCGACGAGACCUAUCUUUCAUAUUUUGGUGAGAGAAGCACAUUUGUUAGAGCUGCUCUUAAAAGUGAUCUAGUAAUGCCAGAUGAGGCUCGAGCAGUUGCCAAGGAAUUGGGUAUAGCAUAUUAUGAAACUAGUGUUUUUACAUAUUUUGGAGUAAAUGAGGUCUUUGAAAACGCCAUACGUUCUGCUUUAAUUGCUCGACGGCAGCAACGCUUUUGGAUGACAAACCUGAAAAAAGUGCAAAAACCUAUAUUGCAAGCCCCUUUCCGACCACCCAAACCGCCACCACCAGAGAUAACGGUCAUGGUGGGAAAUUACCGUCAAGACAUGUACAACAUGUUUCUUGCUCAGACCUACACUGAUCUCAUACUUGUUAUUAGCACGAGUAAAUUUCCUGUACAUCGAUUUAUGCUAGCUGCUGCUUCCAACAUUUUUUAUAGAAUAUUGAACACGGAGAUUCCAGAUAUGGGCGGACGAAGUAGUAGUGAGUCAAGCAUGGUUAGUUCUACUUUUGGCGAAGCGACCACAGCAGACUUUAACGAUGACACUGAAUGUUUGAUACGAAAUGAAUCACGCACACAAAGAAUGUGGGAACAUCUUAAGCGUAGAUCAAGUUACCAAGCACUCCCUUUAAUUGAAACUAAAAGACCCAGUGAUCUCUACAAAGACCUCCAUCAUCCAUUAUUCCAAAGCAUACGCAUCAUACAAGUGGAUAAUAAUCGAAGUAACUCGGUUAAUCAGACCAUAGUUAACUUGACAAAACUCGUAACAUCCCAAGCUUUACAUCAGUGCCUGAAAUUCGUUUACACUGGUACAAUAGAAAUAGAAAAGGAGUUAAAUAAUUUACAGGACAUUAAACAAGCUGCAGAUUUACUGGAACUAACUCAAUUAUCGCAAUUAUUAUCAAAGCCCCAAACUGUCUUAUCCAGCAUAAAUGAUGAACCAAGUCCACAUAUAUGCCUUAGCAUUAAAGAAAAUAUGGAAAAGCAUUGCAUUGGUGAUGGUUGCUUUAGUGAUAUUAUUUUUGAGUUAGACGAUGGCCAAAUGAAGGCGCAUCGCGCAAUUUUAGUUGCUCGUUGUGACGUUAUGCGAGCUAUGUUAACUGGAGACUUUCGAGAGGCUCAUUCCAAUGUGAUUGUGUUUCCUGGUGUUACUUUAUACACAUUUCAUAAAUUACUAUGCUACUUGUACACCGACGAAGUCCCGGCGAUUUCCGCUGAUAAAUGCCUCAAUUUACUGGAAUUGGCAAACCGUUUAUGUCUACCGCGCCUAUUAAAUUUAGUAGAAUGCCGCGUUAUUGAGGAUCUGACAUUGAUAUCUCAAAAUGAAACCAAUGAAACGGUGGAUCAUUGUCUUAAACUUUUGGAGCCGGUAAAACUGCAUAACGCCCAUCAAUUGGCUGAAUGGUGUAUGUCCUAUCUGUGCGUCAACUAUAACAUAAUAUGUAAAUAUUCCAUUAAAGGGCUUAAAGCUUUACAUCAAGACAAUCAGGAAUAUCUUCGAGAGCAUCGAUGGCCGCCAGUCUGGUAUUUAAAAGACUAUGAUUACUAUCAACGCUGCAUUAAUGAAAUGAAUAAGGAGUUAAAGAACUCUCGUCGCGACUCACGUAGCGAUGAAGAAGUCUGCCUCUGCUUUACUGGUGUAUUUUCUUGGCUAUUAGGAAAAUCAAAACAGAGACUUGCAUCCGGGGUUAACAGUGGCGAAAGUUCAAAUGAAAAUCAAAUAUUUAAUAGCACAGUGAACUCGAUGAACAACAUUGAUUUGGAGGCAGAUGUUGACUUAAAUCUCUGACAUCCAGCUUUGAGGCACCGAAGAUCGCUGCGCUUCAUUGUGAUCUUGCCCGUGUUAAUUUGUUUUAUUUGCACCAUUUUAAGUAUUCUCAUACUUUUUCAAAUCUACACAUAACGGUUGCAACAUUGUGACACCAUGCCAACUCGAAAAAAGUUACUUGUAUUUCAUCAUCUUCCAAAUGUCGUCAUAGCAUACCAACAAAUUCAAAAAAUGAUAGGGAACUGUGUCUAACCAUUGUAGCUUGUAAGCUUUAUACAUAUAUAAGUGCAUUUAUCAUAUGUAGUAAUUUUAGGUAUUUAUUUCUCCUUCUAAUGCAAAUAAUUUCCUGUUUUUGUUCUGGAAAUAUGUGAGAGUAUGCAUACACCCAACAAAAGGACUUUAAUUGUCGAUCGACUUUAAAAUUCAAUUAAUACGUACUGAGUGUGCCGGCUAAUAAUACGGGCUUUGUAAUCAAACCAAAAUAGGAACAAUAAAAUUACUUCAAUUGAAUCCAUCGCCAGCGUGCACAUAUUCCAAUAUUAUCUCAACAAAAUUUUUUUAAUUUUGUCUUGUGGCAUUGAGAGACGCAUUUUUCACUCAGUUCACUGUACACUUGCUGCGCUUAGAAAAAGCUUUUGCAAGAAUUCGUCAACCGCAGCAAAAAUUUCGGAUGAGAACAUUGGGUUGAUUAUUAUAUGCAAUUGUUCUUUUUCCUUUAUCCCUUAUCUUUAUCUAUUCUAGUCUAGUUUACGGUUAAAACAUUAUUUAAAUUGGUCCAUUUAUUGCAGAAAUCGGCCAGUAUUAAUAGUUUCAUUAUGUCUUUGAAGUUGAAGAUUUUAUUGGUUUUCGAGAACGCAAGUUAUGAUUUUCAUAAAACGCGACUCUCAAAGAAAAUAUAUUGUUUAUAUAUUGGUACACUUUCAAAAAAACCAAUUAUAGCUUGGGCAAAUGCGCUUCUGCUCAGUAUAAAUUUUUAAAACUUUUCAUAUUUAACAUUGACAUCGUAUUCAGGAAUGCUUAAUGUAUGGAUUUUCAAGCGUGCAAAAUAUUGGCGUUAAUUACACGGCACACCCUACAUACUCCACAUCAAAAUCUAAGAUUAAUUGUAGCUGCGAUUUGCUUUAUCCCUAACUUUGUUCAAAUGAAGCUUACAUAUGCAUGUACAUACAAUUAUUUAAACUGGAAGCACAAUUAAAUAUAAAAAAUGUGUUCAAUUGAAAAAAUUUAAAAAAAAAACGAAAUUCAUUUCGAACCUAUGGACGUUUAAUUGGCUUAUUUUAUAUUUUAAGGUUUUUUUUUUAAACUUUUGCUUUUUUUGUUUAUUUAUUUCAAAAAAAAAACGUCAAUUGUACAUAAAAAAAGAACAUAUUUGCAUACAAUAAGCAUGACUUUGUAUACCGAAUGGGACUGUUUUAUUAUCAAAGGCAAACUAUGAUUAGUGCAUAGAAUUGAUUUUCAUUACACAUUUUUGCUACAUGUUUCAGAGCAUUUAAUCUUUUUUACAAGACCUAGAAGCCCUAAAAAUUUAGAAUAUAUUCUAGAUAAAUGUAAAUUUUUUUUGAAUUGCCUCAAUUCGUAAUCAAACUUGUAUUAGAUCAUGUGCAAUGUCAAUGAUAUUUUUCGAAACCCAUAAGUUUUGCGUCCACUAUCGAGAAAUAGUUUCAAGUACAUUAAUUUCGGAAACUGGUUUUUUAAUGGGACCCAUUUUAUGAUGAAUUACUUUUCGUGUUGGACACGUACAAUUUGUCCUAAGGCGAAUAAAAUUUUUCUUGAUUAGCUUAAAACGGGUCAAGGGAAUUAUAUGUUGAUUGGGGCUUAUCGCAAUUGUUUAUAGUCGAAAAAUUUGCUGUAAGCUUAAUAUUAUCACAGGUCAUGUACACAAUAAUAAAUUUAUUUCUUUUAUUAUUUACACUAAAAUCGAACAAAUAAAUUGUUAUAUUAAAUGUAAAACACUCACGUGUAUAAAGAACACAAAUAUGCUUUCGCUCUUCAACCAAUCCUUUUUAUAUUAAAAUAUUAAUAACAAUGAUAAUUUAAUAAAAAUAAAUAUAUUAUAACAAUUGUUUGAAUUUUUUUUCUUUUUUUUUUUUUUAAUAAAGUAAUUGUACUUUUAACUCAUUACAAAGCACAGGUGUGGUUAGCGAUAUCAAAUUUACACACCCCCAGGCACAUAAAAUAUUAUAUAUAAAAAUAACACAAAAAAUACGCUUGAAUAUCUGCUGAAGGCAAGAGUAUUUAUUCCCGUAAUAUUGAGACAAUCUCAAGUAAGGAAAAGGCAAAAUUUCCGCAACACUUCUUUCCAGACGUCUGUUAGAUCUACAAAUUAAUAUCGUGUUAUGUAUAGUAUAGUCAGUCAUAAUUGCAUAACGAUUACAUUUGCUUUUUGUGCCCACCACAGGAGCAUGGUGGCAUACACAUUUUGUUUUUUUUUAUAAUGCGUGUCACACUCAA